CCCGGAAGUGAGCUGCAUGAGUUUUCCUGUGUCUCCUCGGACUCAUUGAAGCUUUGAAAAGUGUGUGUGAUGUCGGACAGAAGCUCAGCUCCAGCCGCUCGGACUGUGCUGCAGCAGUGCGUCCAGGCCACACUCCAGGUGAGACCAGCAGGGGACCAAUCACAGGCCGAGUUUGUCCAGAUCGACAGAGGGAUGGUGAUCUACGUCUGCUUCUUUAAAGGAGCCACCGACGACCUCCUGCCUAAGAUGGUGUCCACGCUGCUGAACCUGCGUCUCUGUGAGUCUCCGUCUGGGCGGAUGGUGUCGGUGCUGGAGCUGCCUGGCAGCGUCCUGGUCGUCCCCCAGGCCACGCUGGGGGGGAAGUCCAAGGGACGCUCCAUGCAGUAUCACAACAACAUCGGGAAGGAGGACGGCCAGAGGCUCUACGACGCCUUCGUGGCCCGGUGUCAGCAGGAGCUGGAGGCCGGAGCCGGACCCGGAGCAGAGGUGACGGUCAAACACGGGACGUAUGGAAACAGGCAGGUUCUGAAGCUCGACACCAACGGACCCUACACACACCUGAUGGAGUUCUGAGGUCCAGACUCGCCUGAACCCGUCAAACAGUCGCCUGUGUCUGAACCAGUCUGACUUCAUCGUCAAAUGCUUCCUGGCAGAAGUAAAAACUGUGAAAUGUUCCUCCCUGAGCUUAAAUAAAUAAAAGUCUGAACUCUAAAUGAUCUCGUGUCCUCUAGCUCAGUGGUUCUCAUCUGGUCCGGCUUCAGAACCACGACCCAGACCAGUGUAAAUGUUCAACGUUAUGGAAUUUAAAGAUUGUUCAGUUGGAUCCUGAGAUAAAACUGAAUAAUAUGACAGGAUGAAAACACACAAAACAAAUGGAAUGAUGAACUAAACUAGAGGGAUCUGUUCCUUAAACUCUCAAUCAGCUGCAUUCAGGGGGUCGUUAGGUCUGGACCCUGGUCGGGUCUCCAGUCUGUAUCAGGACUAACACAGUUACUGAGAACCAGUGAACACAACCACCACGUCUUUGUGUCUUUGUACAUUUGUGUAUUUAGGUGGGAGGAAGCUGGAGAACCCAGAUAGAACCCACACAGACUCAGGGAGAACACACAGACUCCACACAGACGGGAUUAGAACCCAGAACCUUGGGGCUGGGAGGCACCAGAGCUGACCAAAUUAUUUCAUGCACAGAUUUUAUUUAUUUCGUUUUUUGUAGCCAUCUCUAUAGGUUGAUUUCUUCUUCUAUCUUUCUUAAAGUGUUUAUACUUAAAGUAUUAUUAUUUGCAUUCAAAUCAGUUUGUGGAGGGAGUCCGCUGCCUAAGGUCGGGUAGAGACAGAAACACCUGAAAACAUUAGCGUUACGUCCCGGAAGCAGCGCCUCCUCCGGACCAGCAGGGGGCGCACAGCUCGGCCUCGGGGACCGGAAACGAGCAGCACUCGUUGCGUUUGAGUUACAACCUGCGUCAUAACUGCGACUGCGUCAAGCGAACGACACGAAGCAACAGGAGAACUUCCGCCAAAAGAAAUAAAAUAUUAUUUCACUACG